AUGCCUCCUCCCCGAUCCAAGACCUGGCAGAAAAAGGCUGGGAAAGAGAAGGUGUUGAAUUGUGAGAAAAACUCUGCAGGAGACGCAAAGAUCUGCUGUGGGAAGCGGAGGGAAGGUAACUCUGGCUCCGACUCCAGCAGUGAAGGCCAUGGAACCCACAAAACGGGUACAAAGGAGGCUGUGGUGGGCAGCACUUCCUGCAGUGAAGAGAAGAGCAGCUCUUCUGAAGAGAGGAGCAGCUCUUCCGAGUUAGAUGGCAAGAGUGAGCAAGAAGUUGUGCUCAAAGAUCCUCCUGUGAAUGAAGGAAAAGGCUACAAGGAACUGGCUGAUGAAAGCAAGGAAGCAUCUAUUGAACCUGAAAAGGAGCAGGUGACCACAGGUGGAAAAAUUGAAUCUGAGGCUGAAGGCACUGAAUUUGGAGGAUUGGAAGCAGAGGAGAAGAUGAGGAAGCCAGACAACAUGCUGAGACAACCAGAAUUUGCUCCAGCUGAGAGCAGUGAGGCAGAUGAUCAAUUAAGCACUUCAGGACUCGAAGUUAAGAGUGUUAAGAACAGGGAAAAUAUUGAAAUAAAGAAGGAAAAUAUACUAGAAAAUGAUAGAGUUGAAGAUAUGUCUAAAGAUGGACAUGUGAAUUCUGACAGCAGUGGGGAGAGCAGCAAUGCAGAGAACAUUGAAAACAAACUAGAACCACUCCCAACAGCUGUGAAAGCAAAACUCCAUGUUCACCUUAGCAAAUAUGAACUGGAAGAGAAGGUGAAUGAUGAAGGCAGAGAGCUGGAAGAUGGCUCUUUCCUCUCCAAGCAGCAGAGGACAUUGAAGGAGAAAUCUGGCAAGUGUGAGAUCCCAGAACAAGGUGAAGAGGCUGGAGAUAGACAGAAAAAAGUCACCGGCUGGCUUGGCCAAAAACCUGCCAAGAAAGCAAGGCUGAAAGCUCGACUGCUGAGUGUGGCACGUGCAAUUGGUAUCUCCAGAUGGCUCUUGAAGAAAUUUGGGAAGAAGAAGAGGAGCAGCAAACCUUUUGGAUUCAGAAGUAGAAUGGCAAUCCGGAUUCUGAGCACUGCUGGUGUGCACUGGUCCCAGCAGCAGGGGCAGGGAUGGGACCCUGCAGCAUGGCUGAACUCCAAGCUGCUGCUGCCAUGGCCAGCCAUGGAGAACCUGAGCAAAUGGGCCAUCUCCAAGGAGCCCCAGCUGGCCAGCAGCCGUGUGAGGGUCUGCAAGGACCAGUGGGAGGCAGAUGAUGUUGCUGACAACAUGCUGGAGAUGGAGUUCAUGCAGAAACAGGUGUACAUGUGUGAAGAGCACUGUGCAGAAGUUGAGGAGAUUGAAGAUCUAACCAGACUGGAGGAAGUCUCUGAGAGCUCAGUCCUGCUGUGCCUGAAGAAGAGGUUCCAUUGCAAUCUCAUUUAUACUUACAUUGGGCAAAUUUUGAUUUCUGUGAAUCCUUUCAAAGACCUCAGUAUCUACUCUGAAGAUGUGGCUGCCAAGUACCAGCAAGGGACUCUCUCAAAAAAUGCCCCACACAUCUUUGCCAUAGCAGAGAUGGCCUACACGCUGUCCCAGUCGUCAGGGCAGGAGCAGUGUGUCCUCAUCAGUGGGCACAGUGGAUCAGGUAAAACAGAAGCUACCAAAGCCAUUGUGCAAUACCUGACCAUGCUGUACCAGGGAUCUGACAGCCACAGGAUCAGACAGCCCUGCAGUGUCCUACCCAUCCUAGAGAGUUUUGGAAAUGCAAGAACCAUCCUCAAUGACAACUCCAGCCGUUUUGGAAAGCUGCUGAAUGUCCACCUGCGACAUGGCAUUGUGGUGGGAACAUCCAUCUCCCAGUACCUACUGGAGAAGUCUCGUGUGGUAUUUCAGGCCCAUGGUGAGAGGAACUACCACGUGUUUUACGAGCUGCUGGCAGGGCUGCCCGCGGAGCAGAAAGAGGAGAUGUACUUGCAGGAGGCAGAGUCCUACUUUUACCUGAACCAGGGCAGAGCAUGUGAAGUCCUGGGGAAGGAGGACAGUCAAGAUUUUCUGGUCUUGGUGCAAGCUCUGGAAGGAAUCAGCCUCUCAGAUGAUCAGCUGAGCUCCACCUGGGCUGUCCUGGCUGCCAUUCUGCAGCUGGGGAACAUCUGCUUUACCUCCUAUGAGAAAGAAUCCUUUGAACACGCAGCCAUCGCCAGUGACACUGAGAUUCAGAUUGUGGCCAAUCUGUUGCGUGUCUCAGCAGAGCUCCUGCAGAGUGCUGUCACUCACCGUGUCACUGUUACAUCUUAUGAUCGGAUCUUCACCCCUCUGUCUGUAGAAGGAGCCAUUGAUGCGAGAGACUCCAUUGCCAAGGCUCUGUACUACCUGCUCUUUGAGUGGCUGCUGCUGAGGAUCAAUGAGUGGUUGGCUCCCUGGGAGUCUGACUGUGCCGUGGGCAUUGUGGACAUCCAUGGGUUUGAGGAUCUGGGGGUGAACAGCUUAGAGCAGCUCUGCAUCAACUUUGCCAAUGAGCACCUCCAGUGGUUCUUCAGCCAGACUGUCAUUGCCCAGGAAGAGGAGGAAUACAGCCAGCAGCAGUUAGCUUGGAUUCCUGUUUCCAAGAUGUGCAGUGAGUCGUGCCUGGAUUUCCUUACUGCAAAGCCCCACGGCAUCCUGUGCAUCCUGGAUGACCAGACAUCCCUGACUCAGGCCACAGACCACACUUUCCUCCAGAAGUGUCAUUACCACCAUGGAAACAGCCCUUGGUACACCAAGCCCAAGCUGCCUUUGCCAGAGUUCACUGUGCAGCACUACGCUGGCCCUGUCACCUACCAGGUCCACAAGUUUCUCAAUAAAAACCGUGACCAGCUGCGGCCAGAGGUGCUGGAUAUCUUCUCCCAGAGCCGCCUCAAGGUGGUGUCUCACAUUUUCCAGAGGGCUAAAGCUGCCUAUGGUCAGCGAAGGGAGCUGGGGGGCAGGGGCAGAGGGCUCAGGCCUCAGGCCUCCACACUGGUGUCCAAAUUCCAGCAGUCUUUACAGGACCUCACAGCCAAGCUGAGAGGGAGCCAUGCCUUCUUCAUCCGAUGCAUCACCCCUAAUCCCAGGAAGCUGUCAAAUGUCUUUGAUAUGGAAUAUGUCAACUGUCAGCUGCGACAUUCCGGGAUACUGGAGGCCAUCCACAUUCUGAAGGAGGGAUUCCCAGUCCGUCUGCCAUUCCAGAGCUUCCUGGCCAGGUACGGGCUCCUGGCUGGGAGAAGAGCAGCUUGGAGCAGCUUGGAGCAGAGAGAAGGCUGUGCAGCAGUGCUGGCUCACGUGCUGGGGAACCCCUCGGAUCUCUAUCAGAUUGGGGUGACAAAGAGGAAAUUCCGACGCCUCCUUCAGCGCCGGCGCCUCCGUGUCCUCCAGGAGAAAGUCACGCUCAUCCAGGCUCACUUCCGAGGUUACCAGGCAAGGAAGCGUUACAGGAGGCUGAAGAAGACUUUGGUGCAAUUUAAAACCAUGAUUAUAAUCUCCAGACCUUUGAUUCAAAGGAGGAAGCGCUGCCAGGACGUGGGGCUGCUGGAGAUCCCUGCAGAGCUCGCAGCCCUCCUGCACUUUGUUGAAGGUCGACACCAAGCACAGGCCAACCAGAUAACUGAGACACAGCCCCCAGAAAUCAAGGUCAAGGAUGACCUUUCCCUCCCACCCACCAUCAACAGCUAUCCCUUCUCCUCCUUCGUCAAAUCACACUUCCAGAAGCCAGAUUUCCCUGCCCCUGGUCAGCCUCUGCAGCACCCCUUAACCCACCUGGAUGCUGAACACCAGGAGAGUGCACUUGAGAUAAACAAACUGAUUUUGCGGUUCAUCGGUGACCAGAGUCUCCGUGGCUGGCAGGAGGUCCUGCUGGGCAACUACAUUGCUGGGAGAGGUUUGAGCGAUGCUGCUCUGCGCAAUGAAAUCUUCAGCCAGGUGGUUGCCCAGACCUGGAGGAACCCGGACACAGAGCACAGCCAGCGAGGCUGGGUCCUGAUGGCCACUCUGCUGAGCUGCUUUGGCCCCUCACCAGCACUGGAGAAGCCACUGCUGAAGUUUGUGUCAGACUAUGGCAUGGAGGGCUACAGCGCUGUCUGCCAGCGCAAGAUGCUGACGGCAGCUCAGUGCACAGAGACAGAGCCUGCACGCUCUCGGGCUUACCUUCCCACCCAGCUGGAGUGGACAGCAAACCAGAGGAGAGGGAAGAUGGUGCUGGAUGUUCAUACCUUUAAUGAGGAGAAGUUCUCAGCUGAGGUGGAGUCCUGGAUGACUGGGGAGCAGUAUGCAGCCUGGAUCCUGAGUGCAAGGGGCUGUGACAAGAAGACUCGAGGGUGGUCUGUCUCCAUGUUCACUGGCAACACAUGGCAGGACCUGCUGGGCUGUGACUUUGUGCUGGACCUCAUUGGAGAGAUGGAGGAGACCAGCAACUUCAUCAGCUCCUCCCAGGCCCCCACUGAGUACCCCAUCAUUCCAGAAAGGGACAGGAGCAUUCUCCAGUCCUCUGACCUGGACAUCACUCAUCUCAUUUUCCUCUUCAACAGGAUCCCUCCUGCUCCAGGUAUCCAGGCCCCUGCCUUCCCCCCACCCAGCCUGCCUCCAGAACCUAUUGGUCUCCAUCCAGAUCCAAGGUUUAGAGAUGACCUGAGGACCCCUGUAGGCUUGGAUCACUAUGUGGAUGAUCUCUUCAGCCCUGUGCUGCAUCAGGGCUCCAGAGUAUCUGAUCUGGAGAACAGGGAGAUUCUCACCAGAUGCAUGAAAGGAGGUGGGAAGAUUGGACCCACACAGAGAGGAAUCUUUCCUUCUACAGGCUUGUCUGGAAUGACUCAAACACCAGUUUACCAGCCCAUGCCCUCCAUGGUGGGGAUGCCAGCAGCCAUGCCCAUGAUGCCAGGGGUUGGUGGGGUUUCACCUAUGCCAGCCAUGGUGAUGCCCCAGCCCGUGGUUCCAGCUGUAGAUCCCAGCCAGCUGGCAGCACAGCAGCAAGCCUUUAUCAACCAGCAGGCCAUGCUCAUGGCCCAGCAGAUGACCCUUCAAGCCAUGAGCAUUUCCCAGCAGCAGCAGCAGCAGGAGCUGCAGAAGCAGCAAAAGUCUCUGGAGAACUCAAGGCCAAGAGUCUCAAGCCCAGCACAAGCCUCAGCCCCAGCCACUUUCCCAAAACCCAAGAAGCCUUCCAGCAGCCAGGCUGCUGCAACACCAUCAAGGUCUCCAGAGCCACCAGCUAAGGCAAAAGAGCCGGAUUAUGACUACAUGGAAGAGGAGUUCUCCAGCAGUGAUGAUGAUGACUGUCCUCGGGAAACCUUCCAGCAGAAGAAAGAGUACUUCCAGAAGAUGGGAGAGCAGCACAUCCGAGUGAAGAAAGUCAGACCUAGCAAAACCUGGACUCCUCCAGCAAAACCCCAGCCAACAGAGGAGGAGGAGGAGGAGAAAAGAGAGGAGCUGGAGAAGAGGGAAAAAGAGGAGCUGGAGAAGAGGGAAAAAGAGGAGCUGGAGAAGAGGAAAGAAGUGAAGCCUGUCCCUAAACCAGAGCCAGCUCCUGCUUCCCCUCUGCCACCUCCUGAGCCAAGGCCAAAGAAGGAGACACCAAAACCAAAGAAGGAGCCGCCAGUAGUGAAGCCCUCAGGCCCUGAGAAGCUUCCUGCACCCAGCCGUGAGAUCAGGAACAUCAUCAAAAUGUACCAGAGCAGACCAGCCCCCGAGCCCCAGCCCAUCCAGCCCACCAGGAAAGUAACCAAGCCAUUUAUAAAGAAGAACGACCCCAAAAAUGAGGCUCUGGCCAAGCUGGGAAUGAUGAACCCCUCACCUCAGCGAUCACCAUCUCCUGUGCCACAGGAGAAGAAAACACCUCCACCUGUCAAGCCCAAGCCAGGCCCAGCUUCCAGCUCUAUCAAGGAAAAGCAGUUGCCUCUCCUGUCCGUCUUCAAACCAGAGGAUGCCCCACCAGCUGCCCAGGCCCCUCAUGCUCCCCCUCUUCCCCCACCAAUGCCUGAGGACCAAGGCAGGCAGGAAUCCACAGGGAAGGACUCUGCUGUGACAGUGGCAGGUGAUGAUGGGAUCAAGACCCAGCUGUACAAGCUCACCACCAGUGUCAGCUUUUCCUAUGUCGACCCUGCCUGGAAAAUUUUUCUGCGCAAAGAGGUGUUUUACCCCAAAGAAAAUUUCAGCCACCCUUAUUGUCUGAACUUGCUGUGUGAACAGAUCAUCCGUGACACCUUCUCUGAGUCCAGCUUUCGGAUCUCCAGGGAGGAGAAGCGCAAGAUGAAAGACCUGCUGAUGGAGUUCCGAGUUGGCAACAAUGCCCAGUCCAUUCAGGAGGACGGGAUAAAGAAGAGGAUUGUAGUGGCUGCUCGGGACAACUGGGCCAACUAUUUCUCCCGCCUUUUCCCAGUUCAGGGUGAAAAGGGAAGUGAUGUGCAGAUCCUGGGUGUUUCUCACCGGGGCAUGAGGCUGCUGAAGGUGGAGAAAGCAGCUGGAUACCAUCCCGAGCACCUCAAGAUCCUAUGCAGCUACUGCUUUGCAGAUAUACUGUCAGUGGAGAUGAAAGGCAGCAAUUCCCUGGAGUUCUCCCUGAAAACAGAGCAGCUCAUCCUGCACUCUCCGAAGGCUCCAUGCAUCAAAGCCAUGGUGGAACUCUUCAUGCAGGAGCUGAGGCAGGACACCAACUAUGUCGUGGCUCUGCGUAGCUACAUCGUGGAUGACAAGAGCCUGCUCAGCUUCAAGAAGGGCGACCUCAUCGAGCUGCUGCCCAUGCAGGGCGUGGAGCCAGGGUGGCAGUUUGGCUCCACCGGUGGCCGCUGUGGUCUCUUCCCCACCAGCCUGGUGCAGCUGGCUCCUGCCAUUGACUACCUCACCACCAGCAUGGACAGACGGGGAGAACAGAGGAAGAGCAUGAGAGCUUCCCCAGAGAGCAGAAACACCAGCAGGGAGAGUUCUGUCCUUAGCCUGACACCAGAAGCCACCAGCACCAUGUUAGUCCCUGCUGGUGACCAUUACACCAUGACUGACUUUGCCACCAGCUACUUCCGAGAGGCUCAGUCCAUGCAGGGCCUGAAGGGGACGUCUGUUGAGAAGAAGAAUGUGGCUGACCUGGUGCGGCACACCAAGGUCCCAAUCCAGGCGUCUUUGCUCCGGUACUCUGACAGUGAGCUGAACGAGCUGGCUACAAGGAACUUCCAGACGCUGAUGAGGUUCAUGGGAGAUCGGCCAAAACACAAGCACCAAGCUGAGGUCCAAUGCAUCUAUGAAAUCCUUCAGCUGUGCAAGGAGAAGGAGAAUUUGCAUGAUGAGAUCUACUGCCAGGUCAUCAAACAGGUCACACACAACCCUCAGCAGGAGAGCGAGCUGCGGGGCUGGUUGCUCCUAAACCUGCUCACUGGGUACUUCCUGCCUUCCAAAAUCUUGAUGCCCUAUGCCACCAAGUUCCUGCAGCUGGCCAGCAGUGAUCCAUCCAGCACCCACCACGAUAUAGCCAAGAUUUGCCAGAGCAACCUGCGCAAAAACUUCCUGUACGGGGGCCGUCGGCACCUCCCUUUCCCUGUGGAGAUGGAGGCACUGCUGAAGGGACACGGUGCCCGCCGGCUGGUUGUGCUGAUGCCUGGAGGCAUGGAGUACCUCACCAGGAUCAGGACAUUCACUGUGGCCAAGGAGCUCUUGCAGGAGAUCUGUGAGCAGAUGGGAAUAGGUGAACAGCAAGAGAUACAGGAUUUUGUUCUCUUUGCUAUCAGGAGUGACGACAAAAAUCUUGAUAAAAUGGUGAGGCCAAUAAAACUGGAGGAGUAUCUCCAUGAUUACCUGCUGGAGGACAAGCUGGUCACUGUGACCUUACGCAGACUCAUCUGGAGGACACCUCUGCACUUUGACAACCAAGUUUACACAGAUGUCCAUUAUGGACAGGUGCUGUGGGAUUACCUGAAUGGGAGGAUCCUGCUGAACCAGAGUAAAGAAAUGGAGAUGCAGGUGGGCCUUUUGGCAAUGCUCCAGCACUGGGCCAAAGUGGAGCAGCAGAAAUCUGCUCCCUCCAGGGAAGAGCUGAAGGAGUACACUCCAAAGACCCUGCAGUCCUCCAUCAGCCCCAAGGCUCUGCACAACCACGUGGCCACACUGCUGAGAACGAGGCAGCCCCUCCAGCCACGCGAUGCAAAAAUCCAGUUCAUAGAGGACGUGAUGAAAUUGCCGUUCUUUGGCUACACCAUCUUCAUAGUGGAGAGAAUCAGCGAUAACAUGAUCCCUGUGCCCUGUUUCUUUGGUGUGAACAAGGAGGAGAUCAUUGUGGUGGAUGGCACCACCCAGGCCGUGUCCCGGGUCAUUCCCCUGAAGGAGCUGCAGAAGAUGCGCACCCUGAGGCCCAUCUCCGACGGGGGCCUUCCCGGCCUGGAGCUCCACUAUGGCUCCCCUGGCAACCCCGGGGCCCUGUGGGUGGAACUGUCACAGGCCAAAGAACUGUACCACACGAUUGUUGUCAUGCUGGAUAAAACAGAGCUGCACCCCUAGAGCCUCAAAGGAGGAGAAUGGCUAAGGAAAACAGCACUGUUUCCCCUUCUCUGAACUUGGUCAGUGCUCCCUGACCUGUCUUUGGGAGAGAACUCUUCCAGAAGACACCCAUGACCUCAGCCAGCUGCUUUCUAAGAAUGCCACCACAGCGUUUGUUGAUGGAGUGACCAUAACCCUCGUGACCUGCCGUUCAGCCCUCAAGCACUUCCUUGAAACAAUCCAUGCUGUGGCUAAACAAACCCCAAGGGCCUCUCCACACCACAGCCCGUUCCAACAAAGAGCAGCUGACCCAAAGCAAGCAUUUGUCUUCAAGCUUUGCACUGUGCAACUCCUCCUUUCUGUUUUGAAUUCAUUACCACAAGCAAAGCCUGGUGCUUGCUAGAGAUUUGUGUAUCCCAAUGCCCAGCUGAGGCUGUGCAGUGCCUGCAUGGGCUGCUGGUGUUUUCCAGGAGCCAGAUUUGUUUCUGAAUUGAUAUGCAGAGGUCCUGUUGCAGGAUUUGUGAAGCAGUUUGUAGAAAGCAUCCUAAUUGAAAAGCAGAUCAGUGUUAAUCAUACAAUUAACACGUAUGCUGGGGCACAGAUUGAGCUGCAGUGGUAAGGAAGUUUAUUGUUAAUUAAUUUCCCACUGACAUAAUUAUAUGCAUAUGCUUCCCUCUACUAUAAAGAAGUCAGUCAUGGCCAUGCAGCUGUCAGACUUCAAUGAUGGCUCCAAGCCCAUGGAAGAAGCUUCUUCAAACAGAACUUGUAUUAUACUGAAGUGUUUUGGGUUGUACAAAAAUAUUUAAUUUAUUUUUACUGCCACAGCUCUCCUAAUGACCUGAGGAGUAACUGCCCUUUAGGAAAUUGCAAUAAAAUAAUCACAGAGAUGUUCUGAAGGUAUGAUAUGCUAGAUCUUACAUCUAACCUGGGAAAACUUAGCUGCAGGUAAUGGGCAAAGCUUGAGUAAAAUGUUGUCACUGUUGGCAGGGAAGGGGGAUAUAUCUGAGGGUGCUCACUGCAAGCCCUGAUGCACAGUUAGACUUUUGCUGGUGAGCUCAUGCCAGUGGGAACUACAGCAUUUUCUCUGGCAGGUGCUUCUCUUUGAGUGCUGCUUAAUGUACCUCUGGCCUCUGGAGUGACUGAGUGGUAAGAAAAAGCUUCCAGGAACAAUCUACAACAGUUGUAAC